AUGGCGAGGCAGCACAGGUCGAGCAUCACAAAGCUCUGGUUCUUCCGCGUCAUGCUCGCCAUCUUCGUGCUGUCCAGCGUCGCGCUCCUCGUCUUCGCAAACUGGCACACGGUCAAGUACAUGCUGCGCCCCAUCUGGGACACCCCGCCGCGGAGCUUCGCCUUCAUCCCGCACUACUACGCCCACAACAUGUCGAUGCGCGAGCUGUGCGCCCUCCACGGCUGGAAGCUCCGCAAGCGCCCCCGCCGGGUCUUCGACGCCAUCAUCUUCAACAACGAGCUCGACCUCCUCGAGAUCCGCUGGCGCGAGAUCGACCCCUACGUGACCAAGUUCCUGCUGCUCGAAUCCAAUGGCACCUUCACCGGCAUCUCCAAGCCGCUGUGGUUCGGCGUCAACCGCAAGCCCGGCGGCCGCUUCGACUUCGCGGAGCCCAAGCUCGUCUACUCCGCCAUCCGGACGCCCAGGCUACCGCGCGGCGUGCGGCCCUACGUGAACGAGGCGUACCAGCGCGACCGGAUGAACGAGCUCUUUCGCACCGCAGGGAUCCGCGCGGGCGAUCUCCUGCUCAUGUCGGACGUGGACGAGAUCCCCAGCGGCCACACCGUGGACCUCCUGCGCAGCUGCGACGGCAUACCGCCCGUGACGCACCUCCAGCUCAGGAACUUCCUCUACUCGUUCGAGUUCCCCACGCACAAGGACCGGAGCGACACGGGAAGCUGGCGGUCCACCGCGCACGUCUUCGAGCCGCGCGUCACGCAGUACAGCCACUCGCGGGUCACGGACACGAUGCUGGCGGACGCGGGCUGGCACUGCAGCUUCUGCUUCCGCACCGUGGCGGACAUCGCGUUCAAGAUGCGGGCGUACAGCCACGCCGACCGGGUGACGCGCCCCGACUUUUUGCGCGAGGAGAGGAUCCAGGACUUGAUUUGCAGCGGGCGGGACCUGUUUGACAUGCUGCCCGAGGAGUUUAACUACCGGGACUUGAUCGGGAAGAUGGGCAGCAUACCCAGCAGCUACUCGGCCGUGAAUUUGCCGCUCCAUUUGCUCCGGAAUGUGGAGAGGUUUCGCUACUUGCUGCCGGGCAACUGCGUGAGGCCACGGGUGUGA